AUGCCGCAGAACGAGUAUAUGGAAAGGUUCCGGAAGUUGCACGGUCGACGCCUGGAUCAUGAAGAACGACUCAGAAAACGAACCGCCCGUGAGGGUCACGAGGCAUCGGAGAAGGCCCAAAAUCUUCGAGGUCUACGGGCUAAGAUGCACGCCGAGAAGAGGCACAAGGAGAAGAUUCAGAUGAAGAAAGCCAUCCGUGCCCACGAGGAACGCAAUGUCAAAUCUGCACCUGGCGACAAAGAGCCUUCCAACCCCGUCCCCUCAUACUUGCUCGACCGAUCAAACCCUAGCUCGGCAAAGGCUCUGAGUUCCGCUAUCAAGAAUAAGCGCUCUGAGAAGGCAGCCCGUUUCGCUGUGCCGCUACCCAAGGUUAGGGGAAUUUCAGAGGAGGAGAUGUUCAAAGUCGUCAACACAGGCAAGAAGACUGCGAAGAAAUCCUGGAAGCGUGUUGUCACAAAGCCAACGUUUGUCGGCCCUGACUUCACUCGCCGACCAGUCAAGUACGAGAGAUUCAUCAGACCGAUGGGCUUGCGUUACAAGAAGGCCAAUGUCACCCACCCAGAACUAGGUGUCACGGUUCAGCUUCCCAUUAUAUCCGUCAAGAAAAACCCUCAAAACCCCCUAUACACACAGCUCGGAGUUCUGACGAAAGGCACGAUUCUGGAAGUGAACGUUUCAGAGAUGGGUUUGACGACCACUACAGGCAAAGUUGUAUGGGGAAGGUGGGCCCAGGUCACGAACAACCCCGAAAAUGAUGGCUGUGUCAAUGCUGUGCUUCUUGUCUGA